UUAUUCUGCUGUUCGGAUCUACGCAGCGUCUUGCAGCUCUACAAAGUGAUAACAGUUCUUGCAAAGUUCUUGAAGCGAAACCGAUUAAAGGAAAGCGACCUGCCCUUACGGUUAUAGAAAAGUCGUGUGUUUCUCAGAUUUGGGAAUGUUUUUACAAAUGCAACAAAAAGUCAUCGUGUCUUUCAUUUGGUAUUGGAAGAGGCGAAUGUCAUGGUUCACUGCAAUGUCUCCUGUACCCAAAAACAGAAUUGGAUAGAAUGCGUCAUAACAAAGACUCCAAUCACGAUUAUUACGUAAUGGGUCCUCCGACAUGCUGUGUCGAACCAUGCACGAAUAAAAAAGUGUGCCGUGAAGAAGACUGCCAAUGUGCUUGUCCUGAGGGUUAUUUAUCAUACCGCUGCAUGUGCUCAAAAAAAAAUUUGGCGAGGAUUUUUAGGAAAAACACUCCUGUGAUGUUGUCUGAUGAUAUGAAACAGGUUGAAAGUGGGAGCCACACCUGGGGGAUUAAAGAUGAUCAAAGCUUGUGGGCCUUAAUUAACGACCAAUGGGUUGAUCAAAGUGACAAAAUGAGGUACAUUUCAAAUGGAAAAGCUGGAACCUGGGGCAUAAGGCCUGAUUACAAUGUUCUUGUGAGAGAUGGAGAAAAAUGGAAAAGCAUACCAUCUUCACAUCAAGUGUUUGUUCAAAUCGACUCGGGAAGUUCUGGUGUGGUUUUCGGUGUAAACGAUGCAAACGAAAUAUACUGUCGGUCCAAUAUUACCAUGCAUUCACCCUAUGGAAGCAAUUGGGUUAAAGUCCCUGGUACGGCUAAACAUGUAUCGUGUGGUGAUUAUGGUUGCUGGAUAGUUCGACCUGACGACACUGUUGCUUUUCGCGAGAAUGUCACCGUCAAGCACUGCACUGGGACAGGGUGGAUUGAGAGAUCAGGUAAAUUUGUUCAGUUGGACUCGGGUAGAACAGGCAGUGUAUAUGGUAUCGCGAAAAACGGCACCUUGCACCGACUGCAUGGGAUAUGUGAGAAGGUUCCAAUGGGACAAAAUAUUUGGACAGAGAUUUUAACUGUUCGAUUUAAACAUGUCACCGUUGGAGAUACAAACAUGUAUGCCAUUGCUGAAAACGGAACAGUUUUCAAGUUCUUUCCAUAAGUUGAUGGUGAUUGGGUGUACUUUUCAUGAAUUUUACUGACUACGGAGUCAUCGUAAAAAAUAGCCGGGUUUAUAGAGAAAGCGUGCGGGAGUCUAGAUGACAUAAACCCCCUUCUCCACUUUUGAUUAGAUUUUUAUGCAAGAGCUUUUUACUGUUUUUGUUGUCUUUAGCCUCGGAUAUGGUGUUACUUCACUGAUAUUAGUUGAAUUAGCGAAGAGAUUUUAGUAUUUAACUGUCGUGUGCGAACAAGAUCCCAUACUUACUUUAUCAUCAGUUUUACUUAAUAGCAUUGUGUUUUUCUCGAUCAUUUGUAUG